CCGUAUGGUACGGCAGUCAGUUUAGUGGCAAAAGCUCGUCAGCGCAAGAUGGCUUCGUCGCUGCAAUUGGGUAUUCUCGGUAUCGGGAUACUCCUUAUUGCACUCAUGGUUGAUGGAGUGCCUAAAGAAAACUUUAAAACCUGUGAGCAGAGCAGUUUUUGCAGACGAUGCCGUAAACAAGAAGCAGGAAAAACUCCUUACAAGCUUUUACCAGACACUAUAUCUCAAAAUGAGUCUACCUUUCAAGUUGAACUAUACAACAAAGACACUGGAAUUUACUACAAAGUUGAUCUCACAGCUUUGAAGAAUGGUUUAUUCAGGCUGUACAUCAAUGAAAAGAAUCCAAUCCAUCCAAGAUAUGAAGUAGAAUAUGCUCUGCAAUAUCCUCCUCAGCUUACCAAACUAAAUGUAGUUGAAAAGACAGCAUCUCAGAUUACUGUUGUCAAUGGACCAAACAAGGCAGUUCUUCACAUUGCUCCUUUCAAGAUUGAUCUGUAUUCUGGUGACCACUUGGUUAUUUCUGCCAAUGCUCGUGGACUCAUGAGAUUUGAGCAUUUACGUACUAAGCCAGAGCCAAAACCAGAACAGCCAGAAGGAGAAAAUGCAGAAAAAGCAGAAGAACCAGUAUCUGAAUUCCCUGGUGAUGGUGCAGAAAAUGAUCCAGGAGCAUGGGAAGAAAACUUUAAGAGCCACCAUGAUGCUAAGCCCUUUGGACCUGAAGCUGUUGCUCUGGAUUUCAGCUUCCCAGGAGCUGAACACGCAUAUGGUGUGCCAGAACAUGCUGAUUCCUUAGCUCUCAAAUCUACUAAAAACUCUGAACCAUACAGACUGUACAACUUAGAUGUAUUCGAAUAUGAAGUGAAUGAAAGAAUGUCGCUUUAUGGUGCUGUUCCUGUUCUAUAUGCGCAUGGAAAAGAAAGAACGUCUGGAAUUUUCUGGCAUAACGCAGCCGAGACUUGGAUCGACAUAGUUUCUAACUCAGAUAACAACGUGGUCGAAAGUAUCGUUAACUACGUGUCUGGUUCGGGUAAAAAGCCGCAAGUGGACGCUCACUUUAUGUCUGAGUCCGGUGUCAUUGACAUCUUCUUUUUACUUGGACCUGAGCCCAUGGACACUUUCAAACAAUUCGCCACUCUCACCGGUACUGCUCACUUGCCUCCCAUUUUUUCACUUGCAUACCAUCAAUCGAGAUGGAACUAUAACGACCAAGAAGACGUGCAGCAAAUUGCUGACAGCUUUGAUAAGUACGAUAUGCCACUGGACGUAAUGUGGCUGGAUAUCGAGUAUACCGACAGCAAAAAGUACUUCACCUGGGAUAAAAGGAAAUUUCCUAAUCCAUUAGAGAUGGUGAAAAAUCUUACGGAUAAGGGUCGUAAACUCGUCGUUAUUAUCGAUCCUCACAUUAAACGUGAUAGCGGUUACUUCUUACACAACGACGCUACGAGUAAUGGCUACUAUGUAAAACAUCGAGAUGGCAAAGAUUACGAAGGAUGGUGCUGGCCUGGUUCAUCUUCUUAUCUUGAUUUCUUUUAUCCUAAAGUGAGAGAGUAUUACAUGGAUCUGUACGAUCUGAGUAAAUUUGAGGGUACGACCAACGAUGUGCACAUCUGGAAUGACAUGAACGAGCCAUCGGUGUUCAACGGUCCUGAAGUCACUAUGCCAAAAGAUCUGGUACACUUUGGUGGCUGGGAACAUCGUGACGUGCAUAACAUCAACGGAAUGGUUUACACAAUGGCCACCUAUGACGCACUGUUCAAGCGUUCCGGUGGCAGUCUAAGGCCUUUCAUUCUUUCGAGAUCGUUCUUCGCCGGGUCGCAGAGAUUUGCUGCUGUGUGGACUGGUGAUAACACUGCUGAGUGGGAGCAUCUUGAAGUCUCUUAUCCGAUGUGUCUGUCGCUUGCUAUCUCGGGUAUAUCAUUCUGCGGUGCAGACGUUGGUGGAUUCUUCAAGAAUCCCGAUUCAGAACUUUUUGUCAGGUGGUACCAAGCAGGAGCUUGGUUACCGUUCUUCCGUCAACAUUCUCAUAUCGAGACGAAACGUCGCGAGCCGUGGACAUUCAACGACGAAGUCGUGAAUAUUGUUCGCGAAUCUCUACGUUUACGUUACUCUUACUUACCGCUUUGGUACACAUUGUUCCGUGAGCACGAAGUCAACGGCACACCUGUGAUACGGCCAAUCUGGGCUCAUUACCCCAGCGAGUCCGAUGCUUUUGCUAUUGACGACCAACUGUUACUGGGUGAUUCUAUUCUCGUUAAACCCGUGUUCAAGCCUUCUGUUGCCGAAGUCACGGUUUAUUUCCCUGGUCAAGGCAAGGUUGCUUGGUAUGACAUUGACACAAUGCAGAAGUACGGUGAGACAAGUAAAUUAACAAUGCCAGUAACGUUGCACAGGAUUCCAGUAUUCCAACGUGAAAGUACAAUAGUUCCUCGUAAAAUGCGUAUUCGUCGUAGCACCGAGGCGAUGAAAAACGAUCCGUACACGUUAAUCGUCAUCGCUGACCAGCAGGGACAGGCUAAAGGCAAUCUUUACAUCGACGAUGAGGCGAGCUUUGAAUACAGACAUAAUAAGUAUUUGGCGCUAAGAUUCAAACUUGAAGGUAAAAAACUUACCUCGACACUCCAACAAAAGCUUGCUAGUUACGAAACUAAGAGUUGGCUCGAACGUGUUGAUAUUGUUAAUCCACCUAAGGGUAUAACCAAAGCUGUGUUGCAUUCUAAAGCUCUUGGCAAAGUAGACCUUGAAGCCAAAUACAACCCUAAUAACAACGUGUUAACAGUGCGCAAACCAGGUGUAAAUAUGGGAGAAGAAUGGACAAUCGACUUAGUUGCUUAAAUAAAAGCUGUCUAAAGUAAAAGCACCACAGGCAAAAAAAGUUUUAAAAGACUUUGAUACUCGAAACACAUACAUACACAUACAUCAUCACUUACUCAAGAAAGAGAAGAGCAUUUUAAAGUGAAAGAACGAAGCAACGUUUUAUUUUAUCUGUAAUCCUCUAAAGUAACACAUAGUGCUGCAUAGAAUCCUACUUAGAAUAUAAGAUUUACGAUCUAACGUGCAAGUAGCUCGAUAGAGCUUGUAAAUUAAUCAUUUAUACAAGUAGUGCGAACAAAGCACAACGACGUUGGAUUUUAUAUAUUAUGUCAAUAGUGAGCUCACCGUCUUUGCAUGUGUGUGCGAUAGUGCAUUUAUUGUUUCCAGCUGGCAAGCUGCGAUAAAUAUUUUUUUUAUUGUCUUUGAGAAUGAUUAAUACUUAUACUAUACAUUAGUGGAGAUAUGGCAAUACAAUGUUUUGAAAAAUUGUAAUUAAGACAUCGAAA